AUUCACACUGUUUUAUGGUAUCAGAGCUACGAAUUAGGGCAUCAAAUUGAUUAGCUUCUCCUAGGUUUUCCGCCGUCUAGGUUUCCUCUUUUCUUCUCUAGUUUCUUUGUGUCUUGUAUUCAUGGCGUCUUCUUCAGCCCUUACCACCACCACUACUCCAGUGAUCUCUUCUGAAUCAACACUUCCCAUUAUCCCUGUCCUUAAUCCUGUCAUACCAAAUACAAAUUCCUCAAUUUUUACUCAUCCUGUGUUCUCAGUCUCAAAUAUUAAACAUCUUGUCCUUGAAACAUUGACCCAUCAAAACUUUAUGCUUUGGAAAGAACUCAUGAUUCCUGUUCUUCGCAGCAAAGGAGUUUAUGGACAUGUUGACGGAUCCGAUCCGUGCGCAUCACCUAUGGAUUCCACUUUUGAGCAAUGGCACCAGAUAGACUGUCAAGUUCUCUCCUGGAUUCAAUCUACUAUUGCUUCUGAGGUUCUUCAAAUGAUUAUUCAACCAGGAAGAUCACUUACUGCAAAGCAAGCAUGGGAUGCGAUUCAAGAAUCUCACCAAGACCAACUUGUUGCUCAGUCCAUGUUAUAUCGUCAGGAGUUCAUGGCGUUAAAAAAGGAACCAGAACAAUCUAUGAUCUCAUAUCUUCAACGUGCCAAGACUGCUUCCGAUCGACUAUUUGGAAUUGGUCAUUUAUCUUCUUCUAUUCCUUAUACUGGUUGUGAGUCUAUUCAAGUUGGUAAUGGUCAGCUUUUACCUGUUUCUCAUAUUGGUCAUAGUAUGCUCUUGUCUAAGGAUCAUUCAUUUCAACUUAAUAAUGUCUUGGACUUACAGACGAAGAGUGUCCUCCUUCAUUGCAAUAGUUUGGGUGGUCUAUAUUCCUUUUCUGGCAAUUCUGAACAGUCUCCAGCAGCUUAUCAUGUGUCUAUUUCUCCUCAAGUUUGGCAUUGUCGUCUUGGUCAUCCAGGUAAACAUGUUCGUCUUUCUUUUUCAGAUUCUGUUUCUGUGACAACUAAGCCAUUUCAUUUUCCUUAUACUUCUACCACUUCUAUCUCACAUAAACCAAAUUCAUCCUCUGAUUUUCGCACACCUUUUCACCUUUUGGAUACUGUUUUGCCUCUUAAUUCUCCAUCACCCAUUAGCCCCUUCAUACCAAGCCCAACCACAAAUUCUUCUCCACAACUUUCUAGCCCACUUUCCAAGCCCACAACUUUCUCCAAUAAUGAGCCCGCCAUCCUUCCUUCCCCACCUAAUUUUGGUUUGCCAGCAUACCACCAUUCCACUCCAGCAUGUCCGUCACUUGCUGCAUGUCCGCCACUUGUUCCAGUUUCCUCACAACCUGCUGCAUGUCCGCCACUUGUUUCACUGCCUCCAUCACCGAGUGCUCAACAAUCUUCUGUCCUGCCGAAUGCUCAACAAUCUUUUGUCAUGCCUGCAAUUGAUACAUCUUAUCCUUGUUCUAGUCAGCAUCCUCUUACAGCAAUUCGCACACAUCCUAUGGUAACGAGGUCUCAAGAUGGAACUCGUAAGGUGCGUCAUUUGCCCUCUUUAGUUUCUACUACACUUUCGUUAAUUGAGCCAAAAACUUUUGCUCAGGCGGUUCGUCAACCAGAGUGGUGUACCGCAAUGGCAGAGGAGUAUAAUGCUCUUUUGAGCAAUAAUACAUGGGAUUUAGUUCCUUCUCCUCCUACUGUUAAUAUUGUUGGUUCUAGAUGGGUCUACCGAAUUAAGCAAAAAUCAGAUGGUACCAUAGAAAGAUUUAAAGCUCGUCUAGUUGCUCAGGGAUAUACUCAACAACCUGGUGUCGAUUAUGAUGACACCUUUAGUCCUGUGGUUAAACCAGUGACCAUUCGGACAGUCUUGACUCUUGCUAUUUCAUUAUCUUGGCCGAUUCAUCAGUUAGAUGUUAAAAAUGCUUUUUUGAAUGGUGAACUAGAGCAACCAGUAUACAUGUCUCAACCUCCAGGGUUUGUUGACAAACAUCAUCCUGAUUAUGUCUGCCGGCUGAAGAAAGCUCUUUAUGGUCUUAAACAAGCUGCUCGGGCAUGGUUUCAUCGGUUUGCUUCUUUCUUGAAAUCUUGUGGUUUUAUUCAGGCUCGGACUGACUCUUCUAUGUUUUUGUAUAGAAACCGUGGGUCCAUGGCAGUGCUAUUACUAUAUGUUGAUGAUAUCAUUUUGACUGCAUCUACUUCCUCAUUAUUAUCUUCAGUGCUUUCUCUUUUAAAGGAGUUUUUAAUGAUAGAUUUGGGACCGUUGAAUUAUUUCUUGGGUGUUUCUGCUACUCGUAAUUCAGAUGGUAUCUUUUUAGAGCAAUCCAAAUAUGUUCUUGAUUUACUAGAUCGUACUGGUAUGUCUGAUUGCAAGCCGGUAGCCAUUCCUCUUGAUUCCAGGAAGAAAUUAGUUCUUAAUGAUGGUCCACGCCAUUCUGAUCCUUCUGGGUACCGAAGUAUUGUUGGUGCAUUGCAAUACCUUACUUUCACUCGUCCUGAUAUUGCUUUCUCAGUACAGCAAGUCUCUCAAUAUAUGCAUUCUCCUACUGUUUAUCAUUUUCAGGCUGUGAAACGUAUUCUUCGAUGCCUUGAUACUCGUCGAUCCACAUCUGGGUUUUGUCUAUUUCUCGGUAAUUCUUUGAUCUCUUGGUCCUCUAAAAAGCAAUCCACAGUGUCCCGCUCUAGUGCUGAGGCAGAAUAUCGUGCCAUUGCUAAUGCUGUAGCUGAAGCAACAUGGGUUCGUCAACUUCUUCAUGAGUUAUAUUUUUCGGUGUCUUUCCCCAUUGUUCUUUAUUGUGAUAAUAUCAGUGCUUUAUACAUGUCAACCAAUCCAGUUCAGCAUCAACGUACUAAACACAUAGAGAUUGACUUGCAUUUUGUUCGUGACAAGGUUGCAUCUCAGCAAGUUCGAUUGCAAUAUGUUUCCUCUCGUCAUCAGUGGGCUGACAUUUUGACAAAGGCACUUCCGAUUAUGCCUUUUCGGAAUGUAGAUCGUUGUGAUGGGAGCAGGAGCAACACAAGUGCCCUCAGAUUGGAGCUCCCCCUAGACAACGAGGAGUUCAGUCUCGAGGGAGCUCCACCUCGCUUCCCUGAACCCGCAUGCAUCCCUGCUGCUACUAGAUCCUCUCAGAAGAGGCAUUCGGAGUCGGAGUCUGACUCCAAGAUACAUUUCUCUUUGGAGCAUGCUUUCAGUGACUCCGAUUUUGUUCCCACUGGCACCUUCUCUGCACGCCUCAAGACUUGGAAUCAUGGUGGCCAGACAGUAACAAAGCUGCAGUUUUCAAGAAAUGGUUUCACUGAUGAGGAGAAGGAGAAGUUCAAAAAUUUGCUUCAAGGUGAUGACUUCUACAGGGUAAGACUCCCAUCCAAUGUUCUAAGUCCUGCCGAGAGGGAUUAUAUUAUCUCAUCAGUCAAAGCGGAAGGUGUAAAUAUCUUGGCAGUCAAUUAUGGGUCCCCAGGGGCAUGUCCAUAUCCUUGGCAGUUGAAAAUUAGCAUAAGAUACAAGUCUUCCUCAAUGGACAAGGCUCCAAUCUUCAUUGAAGAAGUUCUGGGUGGUGAGAAUGGGGAGGGUGAAGUUGUGCAGCCACCAGAAAGGUCUUUCCGGGCCAAAUAUGUAAGAAGGGAAGGAGUUGCAAUUUCCUUUAUGCUUGAAUCUGCAAGCAUGAAAAAUCUGUGCAUCUCCCAUAUGGUAUACCCAGAACUUCGAACAACCGCCAGACUCAAGUUUGGCGACAAUUUUUAUGUCUGGAGGAGCAAAGUUGGAUUUGUGCUUGUCGACAAUGGCGUCGAUCACGUGCUCACUUUACCCAAGCUUUCAAAGGAAGACGACCCUGCUGGCCACGACAAGUGGGUCCUCGACGACAUCACCGGUUGCGGCAUUCUCUUGGGGUCUAUCCAUGAGUAUCUUUUCAUUGAUACUUCCGAAGACGAGACGGCCAAGGCUUUAAUGGACCGCAUUACGGCUUUAUUUACCAGGCCUUCCCUGAGCAAACGCUCGGUUUUGCUCCAGCAAUACAAGAGGCGUUGGACGAAGGAAGGAACGAGCAUUAAUCAGCAUAUAAUUGAAAAUACCAGGCCUUUCUAUGCUACUGUUCAAUCAGCAUCACAAGCACAGCCAGCUGCAGCAAUGCAGCGUGCAUCCAAUGCUGCAGUGUGGAGAAGAUGAUAUUUAACUAUUUUGGGGAAAAAAACUGGCUAAAAUUUAUACUUAGAUUGGGUCUUGGAUUGAUCUUCAUAGGUUUCCAAUUGCACAAAAAUGUUUAACUUAUCUUGUUAAUGAAUCCAGUUCAUUUAA